AAUGAGCCAAUCGGUAGGGAGGUGGAAUGUGGGGCUUAAUUUGGAGAAUUGAAAACUGACAUAUGACAAAAUCCCAAGAGAGUGUGCUUAUAAAAGUCCUCAACUAACACAAUUGGCCAAACAAAAAAGCACCAUGGCAGAUGACUUGAAGGUUUUCAGGACAUGGUCAAGUCCAUUUGGGUUAAGAAUCAUCUGGGCAUUGCAACUUAAAGGCCUGGACUACGAAACCAUAUUGGAGGAUCUUUCUCAGAAAAGCCCUCUACUCCUCCAGUAUAAUUCCACCUACAAAAAGAUUCCAGUACUUGUGCACAAUGGAAAACAAAUCUCAGAAUCGCUUGUAAUCCUCGAAUACAUUGAGGAUACAUGGAAGCAGAAUCCUUUAUUACCUGAAGAUCCUCAUGAGAGAGCUAUGGCACGUUUCUUCGCGAAAUUCGUCGAUGAUAGGGUGAACUCUCUCCACUGUCUUGUGAAAAAAAUUCAGUUCAUGGUAAUUGAUAACACCAACUCAAAUCUCAAUAUAAAAGAAAGUGAACUAUAAGGCCCUGUUUGGCUGCGAAGGUAUAGUUUCCAAGAAUUGGAAAACAUCUUUUUGGUGCUCUUACUAAAAAUGUCCUUUUUCUCCCCGGACAUAUUUCCUAAAAAACAAGUUUCAUCAUAACUCGUAAGGCUUCGGUUUUGUAAAACAUAAACAGAAGCCAAAAAUGAUGCUGAACGGACCCUAGGCUUGCCUCUCUACUCUAUCAGCUCCAAUAAGCCAUCAAGUCUCUUGCUGCCCAUUCUUAUAUCCUAACUAUAUCUUUUUACUAAUUUAAAUGUCGCUUUUUGAAUCAGUAAUCGACGUGCUUGGCACUGGA